AUGAAGGAGAUGGCCAGGUGCAAUUCUUCCUCGGUGACUGAGUUUGUCCUUGAAGGCUUGACACACCAGCCAGAGCUCCAGCUGCCCCUCUUCUUCCUGUUUCUGGGCAUCUAUGUGGUCACUGUAGUGGGCAACCUGGGCAUGGUCCUCCUGAUCUCCUUCAGUCCCAAGCUCCAGUCACCCAUGUACUUUUUUCUUGGGAACUUGUCACUCAUAGAUCUGUUUUAUUCUUCAGUCACUACCCCCAAACUCCUGGGCAACUUUGUGCUUGAGCAGAAUGUUAUUUCCUACUCUGGGUGUAUGACUCAGCUCUUUUUCUUCUGUGUCUUUGCCAUUGGGGAGUCUUUCAUGCUGUCUGUCAUGGCAUAUGAUAGGUAUGUGGCUAUCUGUAGUCCUCUGCUCUACAGUGUCACCAUGUCCCCUAAAGUGUGCAAUGCCCUGGGGACUGGGGUUUUUGCUUGGGCAACAUUUGAUGCUUUGUCCCAUACUGUUGCCAUGGUCAAGCUUUCAUUCUGUGGGGACAGUGUCAUCCACCAUUACUUCUGUGAGAUCCUUCCGCUUCUAAAGCUCUCAUGUUCCAGCACCUAUGUAAAUGAGCUUUUAGUGGUGACUAUAGGUGGAUUCAAUGUGUUAACCACAACUGGAAGCAUCGUUAUCUCUUAUGUCUUCAUACUCACCACCAUUCUUCGAAUGUCUUCAGGAGAGGGCAGGUCCAAAGCCUUUGGGACCUGUGGCUCUCAUUUGACUGCUGUUGGGAUAUUUUAUGGGUCUAUUAUAUUUAUGUAUUUUAAGCCAUCCUCCAGCAGCAGCAUGGCUCAGAAGAAGGUGGCCUCUGUGUUCUACACCACAGUCAUCCCCAUGCUGAACCCUUUAAUCUACAGCUUGAGAAAUAAGGAUGUAAAGAGUGUGCUGACAAGGAUGAUGGGAAAGAUGUGUGGACUUCCUCAGGGUACAAGUCUAAACCAGUAA